AUGGAAUUUUUGUCGAUUGGCUCCAUCGGCUCCGUCGGCGAUGGAGCGAAAGGAUCGCGGGAGAACGUCAGGCGGGAUCCUAGGCUCCGCAAGGGUAGUGCGCACGAUCCGAAGAGCCCCGGCUCGCAACCGGACGGCAAAAGCCAAUCACAACCGACGGGUGGUGGGCCGCCCGGGCCAGAGGACACCGGCUGGACAUCAGCGGGGCGGAGAAGAAGGCCGAGAAGGACGACUCGAGACCAACCUGUCCAGGCUGGGCGGCCUAAAGCGCAGCUGCCACGCGGUCGCGAGGAGGUGGCCGAAGCUUUGGUGAAGAGGAGGACCCUUAAGACGCAGGCUGUUACCAUCUCGGAGCCCGGGGCCGGUGUCACGUACGUGGCCAUAAUGAAGACCGUCAUGGCGAGCGUGAAGCUCAACGAAAUCGGUGUUGAGGUCGGCACGGUCCGCAGAACCAGAGCGGGCGGCUUCCUCCUACAGGUGAAGACAGCGGAGGAGGCCGAAAAGCUGUCAGGACGGCUCCAAAGCGCGGUGGGCGAGAUGGCGAAGAUCGGCCGUCCCGUCAGAACGACUCCGGUGCUGAUCGCCAACGUCCCGGACUGGAUGGAGGACGGCGAGGUGGAGGACCACAUCAGGGCUACGGAUCUGGGCGUGGCCGGCGUAUCAGUUAGAAUUCGGGAGAACGUUGGGGGAGGCAAGGUGGCCCUACUUGACGUACCCAUGGACGUGGCGAGCAGACUGGCGGAAGUGGGCAAGGUCAAGAUCGGCUGGAGCUUGUGCCGAGUCAGGUUGCUUGAACGAAGGAAGCCACUAUGCCACAGAUGCCAGAAGCCGGGGCACUUCAAGGCGGAGUGUGCAGAGCCCGAAGCCGUGAAGCAGUGCUACCGGUGCAGGAGAAGUGGCCAUCUAAUCAAGGAUUGUCCCGGCCGACCCCCUGUCGACCGACCAAGAACCAACGGCAACGCCAGUGGAGCAGGACCGGUCGCGGUCAUUGAGGAGGAAGCCUCGCAAUGA